AUGCCGGUGGAGCUCUUCGAGAUGGUGUGCUACGCCGCGGCCUCCACCCGCUCACUCAAGGCUCUGCGGUCGACCAGCCAUCACAUGCAUGAAAAGACAGAACGUGUCUUCGCCGACCGCACAUUCACCAAUAUCGAGCUCUCACUUCACGAGGAGAAGCUGAUGUACCUCCAGCAGGUCGCAGGGCAUCCAAAAUACAGCGAUCUCGUGCGCUUCAUCUGCCUCGUCCCGAGCUACACAUUCCUCACUUCCGAACAGAACCGCUUCCGUAAGGAUCGAGGCGACAUCGAACUGCUGAGUGAGGCUUUGCCAAUGCUCCAAAAUCUGAAGGGUGUCCAGGUUGGCCGGCAACUCGAGGUGCGCGAGCGUCAGGCCACUAUGCAUUCCCUCAUGGUGUUGGGCCACGCUAGUCGUUCUGAUGGCCUGGGCGUUCUUACUACAACCGAUUAUGAGCACCGUUCGGGUAUCAGCUUUCUCGCACAUGGCUUCCAUGCUCUCAUAAGUGCGCUGAAUAUGAGCGGAAAGCAGCUCGACAUCAUCCGCGCCGGCUUCCAGCCUUACGACAAGAACAGCCGUAACUCGAUCGAUCACUUGGCUCUCCAACUUCCUUCGAUCGAUAAACUGCWGAACAGCCUGACCAGCUUGAAGCAGUUGGACUUGGUUGUAGAAGUCCGUGCCGGACACACCUCCGAUCACUGCGAAACCUACCUGUCCGAUCUUCUCGAGCAGACUCCCAACCUCCAGAGCCUCAGCUUGUCUUUUCCCGACACUGCCUGCGCUUGGUUGGCCACACUUCCCGACGUCUAUCUCCCUUCCCUCACCUCCCUCACAAUCAACAAAGCGCACCAAGUCUCCGCAACUGAGCUUUGGGACUUCAUCGCGCGCCACAAGACUCUCAAGAUUCUGAGAUUGACACUCCUCCAAUUCAGAGAGAGCGAUCCAUUCAAAGGCAUGGCAGAGUGUUUGAGAGGAUUGGAGCUCAAUGAGAUCCACCUCCAGCAGCUCACAUGCCUUCACCAGUACAACAAGAUCAUGGUCUUCGGCUAUGACCUCACCAAGUUCUGCACCACAUGCUACGACGACGUGGAGGCGGCAUUCCACUAUGUCCAAGGACCUCGAYGCGAACAUACCACUAUCUCGGUGAAGGGCGAGCAUGAAUUGAACGCGGCGUUGGAGAAUCGCUUGAGGGAGUGUCAUCUGCUGACACGGCUGCAUCCGGGGUGGGCUCGUUGGUCAUAG